GUUGCCAGGUCGGCUUCCCGGGCCUUGCCGGAGCGCCGCCGCAGAGGAUCCCUGGCCGUCCCGGAAAUGCUUUCGGCUAGCGCCAACAUGGCUGCGGCCCUGCGGGCUGCGGGCGCUCUGCUCCGCGAGCCGCUGGUUCAUGGCAACUCGAGGGCCUGUCAACCAUGGAGGUACCAGUCGGGUGCUGCGGUAGCAGCCACUACAGAGAAAGUGCACCAUGCCAAAACCUCGAAGCCCCAAGCUCAACCGGAAAGGAGGAAGCCCAAAACUGGCAUAUUAAUGUUAAACAUGGGAGGCCCCGAAACCCUUGGAGAAGUUCAAGACUUCCUUCAGAGGCUCUUCCUGGACCGAGACCUCAUGACACUUCCCAUUCAAAAUAAGCUGGCACCAUUCAUCGCUAAACGCCGAACCCCCAAAAUUCAAGAGCAGUAUCGCAGAAUCGGAGGUGGAUCCCCCAUCAAGAUGUGGACUUCCAAACAAGGAGAAGGCAUGGUGAAGCUGCUGGAUGAGCUGUCCCCUGACACAGCACCUCACAAAUACUAUAUUGGAUUCCGGUACGUCCAUCCCUUGACAGAAGAGGCAAUUGAAGAGAUGGAGAGAGAUGGGCUAGAAAGGGCCAUUGCUUUCACACAGUAUCCACAGUAUAGCUGCUCCACCACAGGCAGCAGCUUAAAUGCCAUUUACAGAUACUAUAACGAGGUGGGAAGGAAGCCCACCAUGAAGUGGAGCACAAUCGACAGGUGGCCCACACAUCCCCUCCUCAUCCAGUGCUUUGCAGACCACAUUCUGAAAGAACUGAACCAUUUUCCAGAGGAGAAGAGAAGCGAGGUGGUCAUUCUGUUUUCUGCCCACUCCCUGCCGAUGUCUGUUGUCAACAGAGGGGACCCCUAUCCCCAAGAGGUAGGAGCCACUGUCCACAAAGUCAUGGAAGAGCUGGGUUACCCCAACCCCUACCGACUGGUUUGGCAAUCCAAGGUUGGUCCUGUGCCCUGGUUGGGCCCUCAAACGGAUGAGGCUAUCAAAGGGCUUUGUGAGCGGGGGAGGAAGAACAUCCUCUUGGUUCCGAUAGCAUUUACCAGUGAUCACAUUGAGACACUCUAUGAACUGGAUAUUGAAUACUCUCAAGUGUUAGCUCAGAAGUGUGGAGCUGAAAACAUCAGAAGAGCGGAGUCUCUUAAUGGAAAUCCAUUGUUCUCCAAGGCCCUUGCUGAUCUAGUACACUCCCACAUCCAGUCAAAGAAGCUGUGCUCCACGCAGUUGAGUCUGAGCUGUCCACUCUGUGUAAAUCCUGUCUGCAGGAAGACUAAAUCCUUCUUCACCAGCCAACAGCUGUGACCCUGUCUGAGGACCCGUGGGAUUCGCAGAUGUACAGCCUCCAGACACCUCUGAUGGGGACGAUGGGGAUGGAAGCCACAUUUGGGCACAGUCUACGAUUUCUCUCUUGCCUAUGUUUUAUUUUGUUUUACUUUAUUUUAGUUCUUACUUCUCUAUGUAGGCCAAACUGGCCUCCAGUGUGCCUCCUGCUCCCAUUUCCCAACUGCUAGCUAGCAUCACAGACAGACAAAAUUGUGUUCCUUGGAGAAUGGGCUCAAAAUUCUUACUGAGAUUUCUAUUUUCAUAUACACGUGCAGUGAACACUUACAACCCUUUCUGGGGUCAAUUUAUGAGUGUAGAAUAUCUAUCUACUGGGACAUCCUAGGAAUGAGAUUUACGUUUUUAUCUUAUGAGAUACACACAGAUUCUGCACUUAUUACCCAAAACAACUCCCUAAAAUAGUAUGGUGUGUUUCCUCUAUGUGCUACCAGUGGUGACUGAGAUGUUUAUAGUCUUAUGGAUAUAGCUAUAACUUAAGUGACUAUGGUAAACUUAUGAAAUAUAAUUUGUAAAAGAAUUAGUCUGAGUGCUUAGCUUCAGAUUGUGUGCUUGCCCUGUAAGGCUCCUACUUUGAUAGCCAGCACUAAACACAAAUAUGUUACCUGCUCUUUCCCUAAGUCCAUGGGUCCAGGAAUACGAGUGAGUGGGAGUGGUCCCCUGUCACUGCUUCUGUUGGCAGUGCAGCCGCCAUCCACUGGGCACUGUGGCUUCUGUGGCAGAGUCUCAUCUUCCUCCCUGGAAACUGAGACAAGUGCGUGUUUCAAGAGCGCUGAGAUCCCCAGGCGUAUGCCCUAAUAAACGUGUGGAAGUUCAGUC